AUGCCUCCCUUGCGCAGCAACACAUCAGCCCUAGACUCAUUCCUGGCCGAGAUUAUCGCCAGCGUCCGAAACAAAAAUGGGGAGCGCAUCACCGACCUCAUCCAGCUCGACUUUGACAGCUUGUCUCCAGAUCGACAAAAGCCAUACGCCGAUUUGAACCAGGAGCUGAACCGCAAUUUUCCUGCGGCGAACGACGCGGGACUCAUUGCGCAGUGCAAGAAGGCGCUGCCUCACGAGGAAUUUGGGACGUUCAGCACCACCUUUUCCGAGAGCAUCAUCCAGUAUUUUCGCUACCUUCGGGACUUCACGACGGCAGACAAUCAGGCCAAAGCGUCCAAAAUACGGCAAUUGACGAGUCAGUGUGUCACCGCACUCGGAGACUCGAAGUAUGGGGUGAUCAUGAUCCCUAUUGUCCUCUCAUUCUCGCGGACGCUCUCGGUGGUUGCCACGAACUUGGACCGAAACCCUGCUUUGAUCCGAAACUUGAACAGCAAUCUUCCCGCCACUCAGGACACAGAAGGCGCUCCAGGAAAAGUCAGCUUCGUCGAAGAUGCGGCGAAUGUGCUCCGAGAUGCGUUUAUCAAAUGCCUAGCGGGCAGUCCGGGCGUGCAACGCACAACCAGGCCGUCUCCGGACGACAAGCGCGUGGGCAUCUACCUGACAGCCAACUCGUGCCUCAAGCUUCUGACACAAUGUCGCAAAUUGCGGAAUGCACAGCAGAUGUUCUCCAGUAUCGAUGCGCAGUCUCCCCCUUUGUCCUACUAUCCUGCAGCGCAGCGGGUCACCUAUCUUUACUAUCUGGGACGGUACCAUUUUGCCAACAACCAUUUCCGCCGUGCGCAGGCCGUUCUACAGAAAGCAUACGAGCAAUGUCACCGGCAAGCCAUCAAACAUCGAAGACUGAUCCUGACCUAUCUGAUGGCGGCCAAUAUCUGUCUCGGCCGCUUUCCUUCGGCGGCCUUGCUUGCCCGACCGGAAGCGUCUGAAGUCGGGGUAAAAUUUGUACCUCUCUGCAAAACCAUCCAAAGCGGCGAUCUGGGACAAUUCCACCAAUAUCUGGAUUUAGACAGCGACUCGGGUCAAUGGUUUUUGAAGAGGUCGGUGCUGCUUCAAUUGCAGGACCGUUGUGAGAUGAUUGUUUGGAGGAGCCUUAUCCGCAAAACAUUCCUUCUGAGCGGAUAUAUGGGCGAAGAGAAGAAGGUCCCUUUUCUCAGAUUAUAUUAUGUCCGUCACGCCGCCUCCUGGGCCCUAAAAAGACUGAAAGGCAACCGGACCUUCAGCGCCGAGGACUACGUCGAUCCGGAAUUUGCAGAUGUCGAUACAGCAAUCAUCGAGACGGGAUUCGACCCCGAAAGCGGGCAAUACCUAGACGAGUACAUCGGGCAGCAUGUGCCAGUUGUUGACGAAAAUGAAGACCGGCCUACGAUAGCGGAGGUAGAAUCCGUGGUUCUGAGUUUGAUCCAGCAAGGUUUACUAAGGGGCUUUGCCCUCCAUACGAACCCUCGGUUUGCAAUCCCAGGAAGCCAAAAGGCUGGAGGGCCGAUGCGGGCAGGUUUUCCUCCCGCCUGGAGCGUCAUCAAGAGUCAAGAGAGCACAGACGCGGUGCCCGGCUUGGUCGAGGAAGCCAAUCUGGGUUCGGAGGGAGGGAGGGUCGUCCGGAUUUUCGGAGCUAGGCCAGCCGGAUCGUGA